AUGCGUAAACAAAGGGAGAUUCCCAAAUGUAGCAAACUCAAGGGAUUACGCCCAUUACUGCGAAAGGAUAGCCUAAUAGUGGUAAGAGGAAGACUUGAAAAUACACACCUUGAUGAGAACCAGAUACACCCAAUUGUUUUACCAGCAAAACAUAAGAUAUCAACAUUAGUUUUUGAGGACUAUCAUCAAGCACUCCUUCACUGUGGAGCGCAAAUUCUACUAGCAGAUGUUAGACAAUGUUACUGGCUCCUGAGAGGUAGGAUAAUGGCUCCUUCUACAGUUACACGCUGUAUCAAUUGCGUUCGUGCGAGACCAAGAUUUGAAACCCCACUUAUGGCUCAUUUACCAAAACAAAGAGUGCAAAUGUCUCGUCCAUUUACAACAACUGGUGUAGAUUUUGCAGGGCCAUUACAAAUUCAAAGUGGUAUAUGUCGUAUCACAACAAAAAAGGCAUGGAUAGCAGUAUUUGUAUGCUUUGUAACGAAAGCCAUACACUUAGAACCCGUGGUAGGCUUAACGAUCGAAGCAUUCCUUGCAGCCUUACGUAGGUUUAUGGCCAGACGUGGAAAAAUCACCAAGAUUUAG